AUGAUGAGAAUAUCGUAUUUAUCCAUCGAAUUAAUUCAUGCACGUCGAGAAUGCAUCUCCUAUCUUCGACAUUUACAUGUUAUUGUCCAUUCAGCUCAAAAUAGGCUUAGGUUUCCUGUUUACUUGAUUCAGCAAGGAGAACCGCAUCUUGACAAUGUACAAUCAUUGAAUGGAAUUGAGGAAGAUGCUUUUGAGGUUUAUUCUACGAAGUGUCCGAUUUACGAUUGUUUAUGGAUAAAUGCAACCACCCAUAUCACAUCCACAGACGCUGAAAAUUCAUCGCAAACCAUAAGUUCGUCAAAUUAUAUAUCUACCAUUUCUUUAAUUGUUUCCUCUACAACCACAACUGCCAAUGUUUCGGUUACAAUCGCUUCUACAAUUACAACUACAGCAACUACGGGUGCACCAUUAACCACUCAAACACCAUUACAAAAGGAUUUACUCUAUGGGGAAAAUUGUACCGAACAUGAAGAAUGCCAGUUAGCAAAGCAUCUUUUUUGUGAAUUAGAAUUUGAUCCAGUGCAAAAGCACUGUUAUUGUGAACUCAAAGUUCAAGCUUUUGUUGAUUGCACCGAUGAGCCUUAUAUUACUGUUUGUCUUGUAAGUGACCUUGAAGGCGAUUAUCAUGCCGUUAAUAUUAGACAAGUUCAGGGGGAUGACAUUAAGUUUGAUUACUUUCUCGUCGAUUCACCAACAUUCAAAGAGGUCGAAAGAAUAGAGUGUGCCUCAACUAAUAAUAAACGGUAUUGUUUCGGUAUACAAUCUGAUACAAAUCAGCUACUAAUCACAACAAUUGGCAUAGAUGGAAUUCGAACAUUUAACAAUAUUUCGGAGCCCGUAAUUGGUUUACCAAAUGUUUUGACACAGCCCGAUGGUACCAUCGUGUGCUAUGUGGAAGGAAGUGAUUCAAAUCUAAUUUCUAUCACAAUGGAUCCGAAGGUUAAUGAUACAAUUAGAGUUCAUGAGCGCGGUGGUGAGACAUACGGUGACAGAAGUUGCUUUGUUGCUGUAACAAAAACAUCAUAUUGUUUCUAUCGGAAUAUUGACCAUCGUUUGACUGUUGUAGUAAUGAAUGGAACAACCGUAACCGAAGAUGUACAAUUGAAUGUUAAUUUAGACAAUAAUCUAAAAACAGGUCCAUCUUGCGGUUGGGUUGGACAUGUGGCACUUAUAAAAUUGUACUGUUUUGCAAUAUUCAACGAGGAGCAAAUUUAUCGAAUAGAACAAAGUAAUUCAAAAUGGACAGAAUGGAAAAGUAUGCAAAGCGAAACGAUAUUUAUUCAACGACCGUUAUUCAUUGCAUCUGAACCACCGUUAGAUUUAAGUGCAACUCAAAGCUGUCAUGUAUUGGCAAUCGAUUCAAGUAACGAAGUGUAUGUUAGUAGUAAUAGUGAUUGUGCACAUCAAGAUACAUGGACUCCAUGGUUGUUACUACAGGCAGACGUUGGUCUUGUAUCGUUUAAUGGUACAUUUCGUCUACGAGAUGGAAGAAUUGGUAUUUUUGGAGUGGGGAUAGAUGAUUUACCUUAUUACACAACAAUGAAUCCAGCCACCGACCUAUUCGAACCGAUUAAAUUAGCUGCUUCAACGCAAUAG